UCAAAAUUUUCGGAGGCUUCUUUGAGAAUUAGUGUAUCUUUGAAGUUUUGGAGUUGACACUGCAUCAUUGUUAACGCUAACGUUCACCCUUGUAUCUGCGCAUUCUCAUGCUACACACCAACUCUUUUUUUUUGUCGCUUCUCAGAAUUCUUGCCUUGAUAUUCUUUGAUACUAUGUCGCAAGCCUAUUAUUUUCCAACAUUACCCGCAUGUACACAAAUCAUGUUAUCAAACUUUGACCAAAUAAUAGAAGUUUGAAUAAUGAUAACAAAAUCCAUAUUUAUGGUGUCGUCCCACUAGUAUGUAUUCAACGAAGUGAUCACGUUCGUCUAGGCCUACACAGCUUUGCAUCUCCUGGUAACGACUGACUACAACAUUAAAUCAAAUGUCAAUCAAUAUUAGUAUCACCUUUUUAGAGGUCAGUUUUUGAAAAUUUGAAUGUACUAGGUUACACGACCGAUAGAAAUGAAGAAAUGGAGUACGAUGUGUAUAUUUAUAAUGGUUGUGUUUUCAAUACUGAACACAUUUUUACUCUAUCAAUACGCGAAAUCCGAUGAUAAAGUGCGCCCUCAUCGCUCCUUCGGAUUUGACAAACUUUUCGCUUUCAGUUCAGGGAUGAAGCAAAUAAACACGGCGGAUAUACAAGCAGUUCGACGUCUACAAGGUGAUGCUGUAUAUUCUUUUUCAUCGGAAUAUUUACCUAAUAUGCCCCUGAAUAAACUAUCUGCUACUAAGCUAAUAAUGGAAACUGCCGAGAUGUAUACUGAUUUAUAUAAAACAAAGAUAUUGGAUCGUAAAUGCAAUACAUGUGCUGUAGUGACGAGUUCAGGUAGACUACUAAACCAGAGUGCGGGUUCAAAAAUUGACCAAUCAGAUUGUGUUAUCAGGAUGAACAACGCGCCUGUAGCAGGUUACGAAGACGACGUCGGGGCACGAACCGACAUUCGUAUAGUUGGAAAUGUGAACUCGAAGUUUUUGCAGAACCAUUCUGAGGUGCUUUUUCAACCUCCGAGGAAGAACGCCAAGAACAGACCAGUUAUCAUAUUAACUUGGCUCUAUAACGCUACUGUUAAUAUGACGGGACCGGAGAUGAUUGUCGCAAAGAAUCUGUCCAAAUAUUUCCCGCGUUUUCAGUUUUAUAUCCCCACAAAAUUUGCCUUUCUAGUAGUUGAAGAUAUCUUCAGGUUUGAAACUGGUUUUCAAAGGUCAAAACUGAAUACAUGGUUCACAACUGGGUGGCAGACGAUGUUGCUUUCUAUGAGCAUAUGUAAUGAGGUUCAUAUCUAUGGUAUGCCGCAGUAUGAAUUAUGCAGAGAAUCAGAUCCGACUUUAUAUCACUAUUAUGAUAAACAAGGACUGAAAGAAUGUGAAUACUACAAGAAAAGUGAGAUAAACCCAGAUACUGGUCAUUUAUUCAUCACAGAAAAAGCGAUUUUUGCACGCUGGGCAAAACGAUAUAAUAAUAUUCACUUCCACUACCCGUCGUGGAAUUUAUCAUCUGUGGACGAUAUCAAUCUCAACUCGCCGUUUAUUCGAGAGCUACGUUUGGUAACCUUACGAGAUAUUGAACUGUUACGUAAACAGGCAAUACCUCAACGGCACUAUAAAGUUCCAAAAGAACCUUUGUAUUUAAUACUGUUUACUUUCUCUCUUAUAUUCAUCUUAGUUCAAGGAUUGAAAUUCGUUAAAUUAUUGAUACAAAUGUUUGAUGUCAGAAAAAACACAUGGUAGAUUUCACAGAUAAGGCCUAUUAUUAGUUUUGUAUAUCUUUAUUUAGCUGUGGUCGUAGGCUAUGGCUCAUAAUGUUACGGACGUUUCUGGAGUUUCAAUCAUUAACACUAACCAAUCCGGGAACAGAUCUAGGAAUAUGGGCUUGUCAAAAACACGUAUUGUCCCCCACGAAUGUUCGUGUACGUACGUUUACGCUGUCGUUCUGUAUGACUUUAGAAACAAUAUCCAAAGGCCAGGACUUAACGGAUAGGUCCAUUGGAGAGCAGAGCAUCUCCUGAUCAAUACAAAGAGAAAGAUGCUGCCAGUGUUAAUUUGAAAACCUACACCAAAUCGUUUGGUAAGUAAUAAUAAUAAUGGGUGUCACGAAAGCUCAGACCACGAAAGCUAAGACCUAAGACCACGAGAUCAGACCCACUCGAAGUAUCAGACCCCGCAAAUUAAGACUCUCAACUAAGUAUGCCAGGAUUUACAGACAAUAAUACCUUUAUUCGAAAGCUAACAUCAAUAUAUAGAACUGACUAAUCAUGAAAUAAACACCAGUUAGUAUUAUCGAUACCAGCCAUGGAGUUAUAAUUAUUUUGAUAAUAAUAACUCCAUGUACCAGCUAGGCACCUAUUUGCGACGUUUACUGGAGAAAACAAAUACAGUACAAAUAAACCGUUGUUAGCGUACAGGCUAGGCUACUCCACGGAACCGUAUACGGUUUCGAUAUAGCGGUUUUUAAUGCACAUCGUGCGAAUAUCUGAUAUAUACUGUAUUAUGAUUCUCGAUCGUUCUCGAUAAUAAUAAUAUUAGUAAUAAUAAUAAUAAUAAUAAUAAUAAUAAUAAUAAUAAUA